AAAGCCCUUCAUUCACAGUCCCCAGUCAUUAUUCUACACCAUGGGCAGCCUACGAGUCAGAAGGGGCAAGCAUAGCAAAUCCUAUUCAAAGGUCACCGUGCCAGAAGCGUUUGAAGAUCCAAGCUACUCCCUAUCCACUAGGGCUCACCAUAGCCUAAGUAAUGAGUCAAGUGGAAAACAGUACUCUCUGCGUCAACGCAUCGCAAGAAGUUUCAAUCGCAACAAGUCCUUGCCAGAAUGGCAACCUGAUCAAUACGACAUUGCAUACGACAGAGUGCAAGCCCGGGCCUCGUUGCUUCGGAAGAGUAUCAGAUCAUUCUCAUCCUUGAGAGGUCGGUUUUCUUCGGACAGCUCUGCCGAAGAUGAGAUUCAAAGCCAACGCCCAUCUCCGACACGCAAGAGCUUUGGCUCUAUGUCGUCGUCGCUCCGGGGUGUCCGCAAUUCUUUGAGCUCGCGGCGAUCCGAUAGCGAAGAACAGCGUUCGGCAACAUUGUGUUGCCGCCACUGUCCAGACUUUACUAAGAACUCAACUCCUUCUGAGUAUGUCGGUCCAUACGAGGUGUUGCCUAAGCACAACACCAUCCCUCAGCUGCCUGAUUUCGACGAGAUACUGGCAAAUACCAAAGACAAAGCAUCGACUGAUAAUCAAUCGCCAAACACCCUUUUCAGCAUGAGCAUAUUCGACGGCCUUGGUAGCCCAUUCAAGACAAAGAGACAAGACAAUGUGGCUGUGGAGCACGAUGAACCAGUGGCCGGAAAACCUGCACCAGCCGUAGGGCGUCUUCCGGUCCGCAUCAAACGCAUCGAUUCAGUGGUAUCAAAAGGGACUAUUCGAUCAAGACCUACCCAGGAACGCCGCCCAGGAAUCCCGAAGGGCUCGGAUAUCUCAAGUCCCUCAAGUGAGACCAAAGGUUGUGCGGGUACCAAACCUGACACUUCUAAGAUUCCUGUGGAGUGGCUCGACUCUGUCCUAGAGAUGUCAAUUCUUGCGCGUGACGGAGUACUCCCCGAGCAAAAGUCAACCACGUGGACCGAAAUGCAGGAAAGAUUCGAACGCAUGGAUAAAAGAGUAUUUGUCUUCGUCCCCGAUUAUGAUGACAGCAGCGAGCCUUGGCCGAAGAUGAUCUAUCCAGACCUGAGAGCUGCGCUUAAGGAUAUUUGCGGCCGGCUCUGGCCAUACUACGCCCCAUUUGCUGCUUAUACUAGUUUGACUCACACCCUCCAGCUUUUCCGGCGAGAUUUGCAAAUGCUAAAUAGCAGCGAGCUUAGCCCGGGUGCUACUCUAAUCGUAAUGGGGGAGAUGCUAAAUAGCUGGGAUGCUCUGUCGGCUUAUAGCUUCCAUGACGAAGAUGACCUGGAAGAACAGACAAUCACCGACAUAUCGACAUGUCCUAUGAUCAUGACCCAGGACGGGUUAUUCGAGCGCCUGAAUGGCUUUAAGCGUAACUUGGAGGUGCAGGAUCCGAGUAUAUUGAUGUCGGAAGAGGAUUUAAACUCGUCAACGGCAUCGCAAUUGGGGUUCUUCCCAUGA